GCUCCAGCAGAUUCUUUGAUCAUACAUGUGAGAGGGAAUCAUCAGAGGAUAUUGGUGCCAAAAAGGGGUUUUGCGCUGCAAAUUCCCUGACUCCAACAGAGAUCUAGGUUAGGACAGUUCCGGUGAGACUUGGUGACGGACAUUGAUAGAAGAAGGCACUUGGUUUUACUUGUAAGAAGAGGUGACCACUCGAAGUCACUGCUGUUGUGACCGUUGGUGGUGUGUAAGUGAAAAUGAGCAAUUAGCCAACUUGAGUGAUGCAACUGCAGUGCGUAAUGUGCACUGUGGAAGGAGAAAAACACCACAAAUGAAGAAAAACAGAAUCAGGUGAAACCCAUGAACCAAAUUGGAUGUGAACAGGUUUAAUUGGUCAGUAGCAUCCUUUUCUCAAUAUUAUCACAUACAAUGAAACCUUUGGAAAAUGGAGAAUCUGAUUUGGAAGGUGGAAGGUUUGGAAAAGACAGAGAAAGGGCGACGAGAACUGGAAGGACAUUUAAAGUGCACAACCAGGCCUUGUUAUCUGGGCUUGCAUAUUGCAUAUCAUCCUGCAGCAUGAUCCUGGUCAACAAGUUUGUACUUUCCAGCUAUGAUUUCAAUGCAGGCAUAUCCUUGAUGCUAUACCAGAAUCUUAUCUCAGUUAUCAUUGUGUCUACAUUGAGCAUUUUCGGUGUGAUAUCAACAGAACCGCUGACGGUCAAAUUGAUUAAGGUCUGGUUGCCUGUGAACGUCAUAUUUGUUGGAAUGCUCAUUACAAGCAUGUUUAGCUUGAAGUACAUUAAUGUUGCCAUGGUUACUGUCCUGAAGAAUGUUACGAAUGUGAUUACAGCUAUUGGGGAGAUGUACCUUUUUAAUAAGCAUCACGAUAAUAGAGUUUGGGCUGCCUUGUUCUUGAUGAUCAUUUCAGCAAUUUCUGGGGGGAUUACCGAUUUAUCUUUCCAUGCAAUUGGCUAUGCAUGGCAGAUUGCUAAUUGUUUCUUAACAGCGUCAUAUUCGCUAACCCUACGUAGAGUCAUGGAUACGGCAAAGCAAGUCACAAAAUCUGGAAAUUUGAAUGAGUUCUCUAUGGUCCUUCUAAACAAUACCCUCUCUUUGCCCCUUGGAGUUAUUCUUAUAUGUGUUUUCAAUGAGGUGGACUACCUGAUUAAAACGCCUCUUUUAAGGUUACCAACCUUUUGGUUGGUGAUGACAUUUAGUGGGAUUCUUGGGUUGGCUAUAAGCUUUACUUCUAUGUGGUUUCUUCAUCAAACUGGGGCCACCACGUACAGCCUUGUAGGUUCAUUGAAUAAGAUCCCAUUGUCUAUUGCUGGCAUCUUCCUAUUCAAAGUACCGACUAGUUUGGAAAACUCUGCAAGCAUCCUCUUUGGUCUUUUGGCUGGAGUAAUUUUUGCCAGAGCCAAAAUUCGAGAGAGAUCAUAAUUCCAAGUUGUUAAUCAAGCAUUUGUUGCGUGGCUAUUCUACGUUUUGCGCACAUCCAAGAUCAUCAUCACGGCUUUACAUUUUGGUGAGAGGGAAAUCAACGACGCUGCACUGCUCAUCAGCUCGAUAUCUUCCUGUGCUGGGGCUUUGUGCUCUACUUCUCUUUGAUUGAAAGAGGAGUUUUGUGGGCUUGGUCAGUCGGGAUCUUCUCUGUUGUAUUCUGAAAGAGGUUACUCACUAAUUGUAACAUAGAUCUCUAUUGUGUUGCUUGGGAAUGACUUUCAUCUUGGCUGUAUUGAUGAAAGAGAGUGACUUGGCUAGCAAUAGCUCUGUAGCGCGAAGCAGACUCCGCUUUGUACAUCUUUGGAACAAUUCUUUCUGCUGUUUAGUGGAACUUAUUUGUAGAAACCGCUCAACAGAGAGAAAUGGAAGUAUGACAUGAUUGAUAUUAAUUUCUUUAGCUUGUUCUGCA